GAUUUACAAUUACGGAUCGACUUUUUAGGACAUGAACACUUCGACGGAAGAACGUUGUUCGGAGCUUGCAAAGGGAUUGAACGGAAUCAGAAUUCUGGGUAGCACAAAAGGUUUGAUCUACAACCUAAGGAAUGGCUGACGGAGAGGAGAAGUUGCCGAGGGAUGCCAAGAUUGUUAAAACAUUACUGAAAUCGAUGGGGGUUGAAAACUAUGAACCUCGUGUUGUCCAUCAGUUUCUAGAACUAUGGUAUCGUUAUGUAGUGGAUGUGUUGACCGAUGCACAGGUGUAUUCGGAGCACGCUGGGAAGUCUUCUAUUGAUUCUGAUGAUGUCAAGCUUGCUAUUCAGUCAAAAGUCAAUUUCAGCUUCUCCCAACCCCCUCCACGAGAGGUCCUACUAGAAUUGGCAAGGAACAGGAACAAAAUUCCGUUGCCGAAGUCGAUAGCUGGACCAGGAAUGGCACUGCCCCCCGAGCCCGAUACCUUGAUCAAUCCAAAUUAUCAGUUGGUGAUCCUGAAGAAGCGAACGAGUGAAGCUGUUGAAGAAACUGAGGAAGAGGAAGAAGCUAGCGAGUCUAAGUCGCAAGAUCAGAGGACUGACGUGCCACAAACUACUCCGCAACGGGUUUCCUUUCCUCUCGGCCCAAAACGUGCAAGGUGAAACCGUGUCUUAAGUUCAUAAAGCUCGUUUUAUAUAACAUUUAUUUAUCAUAUAUGUUUUAAGUUGUUCAUUUUGUAUAGCUUGAAGCAAAUGUUAGAUGUUGUUAUCUAUGAUUGUUCUAUUUGAAGGUAGAUGAAACUGAAACUAAGGUAUGUUAGAUGUGGGGGUGUAAUGAAUGUUUUCUUGAAGUGUAUACUAUUUAUAUAUGUUUUCUCUA